CCCUCGCCGCCGGCGGUGGCGGUGGCGACGGCGACGAUGUCGCGCUGGAAGGAGAACCUUUCGCCUGCGCCGCCCCACUUCGGCGGAUGGUCCAACCCCUCCCCACUCCUCCCCUGCAAGCGCCCGCUGCAAUCUCCAUGUCCGCCGCCCCGCCGGGCGCUCGCCGAAGUCACCGGCAACGCCCUGCAGAAGCGCGUCUCCGGAUCCGGAGGCAUGUGCGACGCGGAGGGGAUCGAUUAUGGGUACAUGACUCCUCUCCCAAAGGUGCCCAAGUCUUGCGGGUUCCUUGUAGAGGACGACGACAUGGACGAGGCGUUCUUGCUGGAGGUGGACGCCAUCUGCGAGGAGCACUCGAGAUCCAUGGCAGGGAAGGAUAAGGGUAGGAAGAUGGAUUCGACGGUCGAGCGAGAGCCGGUCGUUGUGGCGGAAGCAAUCGACCCCGGACCAGAGUGCUUAACGCUUGAUGAUGCAUUCUGGAAGGAGGCGAACACCGUUUUUGAGGAGUGUAAUGCACAGACUGCUGCCAAGAGCCAUGAUGAGGAGCUGAAGGAAAUGGAGGAAGACGAAAGCUUGGUGCUCUCGUAUGGUGAUGAUUCGCUCCUGCCAGCUAUUUCCAUUGCAGAUGACGGCGUUAAGUUGGAGGACGCUUUCUGGGAAGUCAAUGCCAUCAGCAAGGAGCAUAAUGCCACGUCUUCCGCAAAGAACCAGGAGGCGAUAAAUGAGGUGGACCUGGAAGAUGGCUCAGUAGCAUUAUGUGUUGAUUUCCCUCCAGUAAUUUCCAUUGCGGAGGUGGGAGGAGAGGUUGUUGAUGCAUUCUUGGGGGAGGUCGACGCCAUCUGCGAGGGGCAGGCUACCAUGUCUGCUGCCAAGGACAAGGAGGAGCCUGGAGAGAUGGGACUUGAAAUGGAGGAAGAUGACGGGUGUGCUCCAAGGAAGUACUAUGAGUAUUUACACUCCCUAAACGACAGACAGAGGGAGGCUGCAUGUAGUGAUGUAGCUGUUCCAUUAAUGAUUGUGGCAGGUCCAGGAAGUGGAAAGACUUCCACAAUGGUGGGUAGGGUUCUUACAUUGCUCAAAGAGGGAAUUCCACCAUCAAACAUUCUUGCUAUGACGUUCACAACUGCUGCUGCCUCAGAAAUGAGGGACAGGAUAGCGGCAGUGGUCGGGAAGGCAGUUGCCAAGGAGAUCAUAAUAAGCACAUUUCACUCCUUCUGCUUGCAGCUUUGCAGGGCCCAUGCUGAAAAGCUAGGCCGCACAUCUGAAUUCGUAAUAUAUGGCCAUGGACAACAGAGGAGGGCCAUUAUUGAGGCCGAACGCCUAUUGGAACAUGCCAAGAGUGAUGGUCUAGGAGAUGCAGUUAAACAGGAUGAUGGAGACAUAAAAAAUUCUUUUAAAGACAAAGCUAAGAAGUGGCUCAAGUUUGUUACACAGGCAAAAUCUUCAGGAAAAAGUCCUGAAGAGUAUGAAAAGAAGGGUGAUUUGGCAGGGGCUUCGAUUCUUCGGCACUAUAAUGAAAUACUAGUGUCUUGCAAUGCUCUUGAUUACCAUGAUUUUAUUAACUCAUCCAUAACUCUUCUCACGAAGUUUCCUGAAGUAUACAAAGAGUGCCAGGAGACAUGGCAGGCAAUAGUAGUUGAUGAGUUUCAGGAUACCAGUGCUAUGCAAUAUUUUCUUCUGAAGCUUCUAGCUUCCCACAAUCAUAUAACUAUUGUUGGUGAUGAAGACCAGUCCAUCUUCAGUUUCAAUGGUGCCGAUGUUUCUGGCUUUGAUUCAUUCCGGAGAGACUUUCCAAAUCACAAAGAGGUCAGGUUGAACAAGAACUACCGUUCUACACGGGCAAUUGUCGAAGCAGCUACAGCUCUUAUUCACAACAACACUAAACGAGGUCAUCAUAAACUUGCUGAGACAGACAACCCUUCUGGGAGUAAGAUCACUGUUAAGGAGUGCCAUAGUGAAGAUUCACAAUGUGCAUUUGUUAUCGACAAAAUAAUUGAAACUACAUCUAGUUCAGCUGAAGGCUGCAACUUUGGCAAAGUAGCAGUCUUAUAUCGACGACAGUCUAACUUUUAUACACAGAUAACCGGGAAAGCGUUCCAAGUGUCGUUCCGCAACAGGAAAAUACCCUUUAAUGUUCAUGGUGUUGCUUUCUACAGGAAAAAGGUGAUCAAAGCUAUUAUGGCAAUACUCAGGACCACAUUACCUGGUUGUGAUGAUGGCCCAUGGCGUCAGGCCUUCAAGACCAUUUUGCCUGGUGACAAGGAAGAGAAAAAGAAGAUUAUAGAUCAUGUCGAAAAGAUUUCGCUGGCUAGAAAGUGUAGCUUUAUAUCAGCUGCUACUGAUAUCUUCAGUGCAAAGGUCUCGGGUACCUUCAAAAGGGCCCAGAUUACUCAAGGGCGUAAGGUUUUAUCGACCUUGUAUAGCCUAUCAAAAUUUGUUGAGAGGGAGCAAUCGGUUUCAGCUGUCAUUUCUUCUGUGGGAAAUAUGUUACCUCAGCAAUAUCUCCUUGAAAAGCGUGCAGUUAUUGAUAAUGACGGUGGUAAACUUUUAAAUGAAGAUAAUGACAUCAGAUCUGUACUUCAGUUUUUAAUGGAUGAUGUGUCUGACUUCUUGUCAACACAUUUUUCUAGUUCAAGGGAUGCAAGCCAGAUUGAGGAGAAAGGCUGCGCUUCCACACUUAAAGCCUUUAUUGAUUAUAUUUCUUUGAGAGAAACAGAAAAUUUUCGAUCCCGAAAGGAGGAAAAUAAGAACUCUAUCACAUUAACAACUAUUCAUCAGUCAAAAGGUCUAGAGUGGGAUGUUGUAUUUAUUGUUCAGGCGAACGAUUCAGAGAUCCCGUUGCUUCAUGAGUACAAUGGCACCGUGAAAGAAGCUGGAAGCACGUUGGAGGAGGAGAGGAGGCUAUUUUAUGUUGCAAUGACACGAGCUCGGAAGAAAUUGUACAUCUUACAUGUCACAGUUGACUCUUAUCGGCAGCUGCUUCCGCCUUCACGUUUCCUUAGAGAGAUUCCAGUUCACCUUCUUGAUAUGCAGGGUGAGGGGGCUGCAACAAAAAAGCAUGAACAGCCUUCUGGAGACUUUUCAUUUGAUCAUGCUGAAGGGGAAACAUCAAUUGAAAAGCCUAGGCCUAUUCCAGAACAGAAUGAAACUUCGCCUUAUCCAGAACUGAUGCAGACAUGCCUUGCUAAUGAUUUCUUGAAGAGGUUCGAAAUUGAUGAUAGAGCAGUAGUCUCUCAUAUAUUCCAUCAGUGGGCGAAGAAGCAGGCAUUUCAAAUUCCAAAGAGGCUGCUUGAUAAGAUCAAAUUUGUCAUUGAUGAACGUCUGCGAGGUAAAGGAUACAAGCGCAAGGAUGUCUUGUGCAAGCUGAAGUCAUUGUUAAGCGAAGAUGAAGCGCUUGGUUAUGCCGAAUAUGUUAUCAAGUGGGAACAAAUUCCUAUCGACAAGCGGAGCCAUCUGAUGAGAGAGAGACAGGAACAUUUCCAGAAGCAGAGGAUAGAGAAUUCAAUGGGUUCCUCAGAGCCUACACCUAAGCAGAUAGCUUACCUAAGGAAUCUGGGUUGCACCAUAACACCCACGUCUCGCCUCCAUGCAUCGAAUCUUAUUGAGAAGUAUAAAUCUCUGUGACCUGUUUGAAACCUGAUGAGUUGAAGUGCCACAGGAAGGCUUGUAAAGUUCUUCUUUUCGGGUUGUUGUAGCCUAGUUGUCUUAGCUUUUUCAUGUCUUUCUUUUUAGUUCUGUCGGGUUGUAAGGUUUGUCUCAUUAUUUCGACACUGUUAUAUGUUCGAGAAAUCAAGUCGUGAUGGGCCUAGCUUCGUGUGUCA